AAAAAAAGAAAAGAAAAGGUCGUAACAGAAAAACUGCUUCUAGCGAUCGGGGGAAAGCGGGGGCGGAGAGGGAGAGAGGGAGAGGAAGGAGAAGAGAGGGCGACGAAGAGAUGAAGAAGGAGGACACGGUGAAGCUCAUCAGCGCCGAGGGUUUCGAGUUCGUCGUCGACAAGAAGGCCGCCAUGGUCUCCCAGACCAUCCGCAACAUGCUCACCUCUCCAGGAGGAUUCGCGGAGACGCAGCUCGGCGAGGUGACGUUUCCCGAGAUCAGCACCCCGAUCCUCGAGAAGAUCUGCCAAUAUUUCUAUUGGUCUCUUCAAUACGCCAGUGGAAAGGAAACAGAGUUUCAUAUUGAACCUGAAAUAACUCUGGAGCUGAUGAUGGCUGCUAAUUAUCUCCAUACCUAAAAGACUUCAUUUCCCUGUGGUUGUAAAGUUUGUCAGUUAUCUAACAUGUUAGCUUUUGUGCUGAUGUUUCUUCAUAGAACUCAAAAAGCAAGUGGAGUCAUCAUUGCCAUACUCCUAUAUUAAAGAUAUUGUAAUUCUGACAUUAUUUAGUGUUUUCUUUUCCCUGUUUUAACUCUGGCUAGUUGCAUCUGCCGUUCAUUGAAAUGCCUUAUCGUAUGGUUAUUGCCUUUUUUUUU